GACCAUAUGCAGAUAUUACACUAGCUUAUUUCAUGCUAAAACAUCUUUAUAAACGAAAUGGCAGCGACAAAUAAAGAAAUUUUUGAUAAAACACAGUUUUCAGAGCUGUUAUCAAAAUUGUCCUUAAAAGAUGUGUUGAAACUUGAAUUUCGAGGUGAAAAUGAUAACACGUUGGAAGCUAUGGUUAUUUGUGAAGACCAACAGAAAAAAAUGUAUUUAUGUAAGGUUUGCAAAGUAUUUCAAUAUGGAGAAAAGAAUUUAUUUAGCCAUCUUGGUGGAAAGAAACAUUGUUGUAAAAUGGAAUCAGUUAAGCAAUUGUACCUUUCGACGGAUAAAGGGCAUACGAUUGUUGCAAAAAAAUGCAAGAAUGUAAAUAACAUAACAAAAUCAAACCUUGCUGAGAACUUGAAAGAUAAGGAAAAAAUUAAAAAAUCCUGUGAUUUUAAGAAUAAAUCAGAGUCCUCUAUUAAGCCAAAAAAUAUACAAUAUAAAACGGAACGUGAACAAUUAAUAUUAAAACCAGCAAUCAACAAUGUAAUUGGUGCUAAAUCUACUGGAAUUGAUGCCACAAAAACAAUUUCAUCGAAUGCCACUAUAAAUCAUGUAUCGAACGAAGAGCUGGCGCAAAAAUUAAUAACGUCUGUUGAUCAGAAAACAAUUCCAGCAAAAGGUGAUUGCGCUAAGAAAAAAAUGAUUACUAUAAACCAACCUGGGGGGAAAAAAAUACUCGGAUGUGAAGAUAGCACUGUAAAAUGCAGAAGUGAUAAAUUGAAAACCUCAGCAUGUUUUAUAAAGAAUAAAUAUGAAAGCGAAUUAAAGAACAACAUAAUUUUGCAAUCACAUGUUACAGAGAAAAAGCACGACGAAAAGUUGGAUCCAAGCACAAAAACAGAUUCUGUCUAUGCGAUAAAAUCUGCUGCCCAAUCUAAUAUUGUAAUAAAUCCACUUUCAAUAUCAAUAUCAAAAACCACAAAAAUUUCUUGUGUUCCAAUAUCAAAAUUGAUAUGUUCAAAGCUGACUACGGAAAAUAACCAUAAAAUUGACCACACAUUAUCUGGAUUUAAAGCUUCAAAAGAUAUUUUGAAUUCUAUCCACAAAGAAGAUAAAUGUGAUGAAAUCGACACUAUUACACAAAAUUUUAAAACGGGAAAGGUAAACAUCCAAAACAGUAAUAUUUAUUUCCCAUCAUUAUCCGAUUCACAAAAUUCCACUUUUGAAUCUAUGUCAAACAUAACUACAAUCUUGGGACUUUUAGGAGUUGAGUACGUUAUCAAAAUUGUAAAAAAUCUAAAAGAUGGAGCUCCAAAAUUUUUAUGCAGCUUAUGUAAUAUUACUACCGAUGAGUUAUCAAUGCAUAAUCAUAUACUAAGCUACAAUCAUCGUUUAAAAUUUUGUGAAAAACAUUUUCCAACAGCGAUUCGGCAGUACAGACAAUAUAUUUCACAUGUACCGGAGCAUCAUGUUUAUAAAAUAUUAGCUCCAAUAUUAGAAAAAUUGGCAAUAGCCAUUGAAAAGCACCACGGCCGCGAAACUGCAUAUCUUUGCUACGAAUACUCUUUUACUAAAAAUCGGCAAAAUAUUGUUUCAACCGUUCUUAAUCGCAGACAUGCAUCAGAAGUGUUAGGUCCUGCAUUUACUCAUGUUAUAGAUUCCAAAGAUGUGGAUUUCUUAGUUGAAAAUGCUAUUACAAACAAAUUGCCAAUCACAAAGAGUAACAUUGUUUUUAACAAGGUCAUAUUAAACACUGUCAACGACCCUAAUAAUAUAAUGAUGACUCAAAAUGAAAUAGCCAACCUUGUAAAUUUGAAUGAAGUUAAAAGAAUAGAAAUUGUCGACGAUGAAACUCAUAAACGAAUGGUUGAUAUGUUUUUAAGAGAUACCAGAAAUACUCAAACACUGCGUCAUAAGCAAACGUCUCGAAUUUCUAAACGUAGUCGAUCGAGAUCAAGCUCUUCUGACCGAAAACGAAGACGAUCAAUUCCUUUAUCUAUUUCCCAAUGGAAUAUUGAACGUAAAUCGUUGUCCCCAUUAAGGGAUGGUGACAUUUGGCAAGCUUAUCGGCACAUGGUUGAUCAAAGUGUACGCAAAUUAAAUACAACGUUUGAGUUAUAUAAAUCAGAUCCUGAAGAACAUCCUCUUUAUAAAGAAGAGUGGCAAAAAUUCUGGAAGCGGCGGAAAGACGAACUAAUUGCCGCUGGCAUAAACCAUCGGUCUUACAAUUAUCAAAAUGAAUGGAUCCUGUUUUUCAACGCGCGCUUGGAAGAACUCUAUAAUCAAGACGUUGAGUACAUUAAAAUUAAGUGUCGUGAAAGGUUAUGUUUGCCAAUGAUUAAUGACGAAUUAUUAAACUCAAAAUAUCAUGUUCACAUUGAUGAUAAUUUCUUUGACAGUUUUGGUCCCAUUAAAAACAAUGAAAAUGGCGAUAAAUUUAAUAUAAAAUUUAAUGAAAGUGCAGGCAACAUAAAUGUUAUCCAUGUGCUUCGACUAUUAACUGCUUUAGAGGAUCAUUUGGGAAGCUUGGGCCCUAGCAUUACGGAAUUAUUGGCUAAAGCACUGCAAAUUUUUAAACUGCAUCCAGAUAAAGCCAAUAUUUUACUUCUCACUAGUGAAAAUUGUGCUAUCUUAGAAACGGCAAAGGAAAAGUUUACAGGUUUAAUAAUUUCCAAAAUGUUGGAUCCAGUUCAGGAACGUGCUUUAAAAAAGGCAAUCAAUGAUACCGAACAAUUAUUAAUUUUUGCAACAAAUAAACGGACAGAAUUAGAAUGCUGCAAUACAGAGGUCAAUGUUGGUAAUCUUGAAUUUUUACAGAACUCUCUUAGUAGGGUGAAUACUAAUAAAUUAAAAAAAAAACAAGAUCGCGUAGAUACAAUAGAACUUGCGUCUAAGCUGGCUACGUCAUUGAUAUCUCAAGGAAAAACAAGUAUUAACCAAGAACAGCUACAACAAAUUGUUCAAGUCUAUUCUCUGAUUGAGAAGAAGAAGCAUAGAGAGUCGACCUCGUCUACUUGAUCCGUUAGUAGUUUAGUUAAUCGUUAAUCACCUCAUUCUACAUAUAAACGAGAAUAUCUCAAACGUAUAACGAACGUAUAAUUUAAAUUAUUACGACGAUCGUGCUGGCUUCAUUUAAAAUAUUUACAGUGAAUUGCCGAAAUCUACAUUAUUUGUCGUGAAACAAAAUUUGAACACUAGUGCAAUUUACUUAUCUGCAAAUAUGGAUCGCAAAAAUAACAUAAAUAUUAAAAUAAUAAAAAAAACUGAAUUCCUAAGCAACGUGAAAGACUCCCAGUACAAU